UCUGGUCCCAAACUGUCCUUUUCGUGUUUCCUGUCCUCUGCGGUCGAACCGUCGCAGGCGGCUCGUUCAAAGAGGCCCAGAACAGACGGGUAAAAAAAAAAAAACCCAAAACGGGGGACAUAUUUUCUUGUUUCUCUCCGUUGGAGUCGCUCAGAUGUCUGGAAAUAAAGACAACGACGGCGGAUGGAGGUCGUUCGUUUGGAACUCGGAGAAGAAAGAGUUUCUGGGCCGAACAGGAGGCAGCUGGAUUAAAAUCCUCUUGUUCUACGUGAUUUUCUACGGAUGUCUGGCUGGGAUUUUCAUCGGGACCAUUCAGGCAAUGCUGCUGACGUUAAACGACUACAAACCCAAGUAUCAGGACCGAGUCGCCCCCCCAGGUCUGUCCCACACGCCCCGCUCAGACAAAUCAGAGAUUGUCUUCACACUGAGCGAUCCAGAAUCAUAUAAGAAGUACACUCAGACCAUGAGGGACCUUCUGAAACUCUAUGAUGAUGAGAAACAGACUGAUCAGAUGUUUGAGGAUUGUGGAGAUACUCCUCGAUCAUACAUAGAACGCGGGACCUUAGAGGAGGACAGCACUGGGCAGAGGAAAGCUUGUCGUUUCAAAAGAACAUGGCUGCAAAGCUGUUCUGGUUUAUCUGACUCCACCUUUGGCUUCAAGGAGGGAAAGCCCUGCCUCAUCGUCAAGCUCAACAGAAUCGUCAACUUCAAACCACGGAGUCCCUCCAAUGAAACGCUCCCAGAUGAUCUGAAGUCCAUACCAUCCAACAACCUGAUCCCCAUUCACUGCAAAAAUAAGAGGGAGGAAGACGCCGACAAGAUUGGAGAGAUCAAGUACUACGGCGUCGGGGAAGGCUUUCCCCUGCAGUACUACCCGUACUACGGCAAGCGGGUGCACCCCCAGUACCUGCAGCCCCUGGUGGCCAUCCACUUCACCAACCUGACCUUUGACGAGGAGCUGCGCAUCGAGUGCAAAGCGUACGGAGAAAACAUCAAGUUCAGCGAAAAGGACCGCUAUCAAGGACGCUUUGACGUGAAGUUCACGGUGAAUUCGUGACCUCGGCCACGGCCCUCACCCUCAGUCUGAAAACAAACGUAGAGCAAAUUCACGAGUUCUGAUAAAACACCACUAGUCUUUAAAAUUCAUUGUAGACAGGACCUACACUUAAAUCCGUGUGCUUUACAUUAGCUUUUUUUGUCCAAAGUUAGAAUGUAAGAGUAGCAAUAGCAAAAUAUUUAUUCUACUGAAAAUGAAACUAUUCCAGGAGCCAUGGGAUGUUCAUCUAUUACUGUAAAACUGCAGUUCCACUACUGAAGCGUACGUAGCGAGUCGUGUUCCUGUCCCCUGGUGUUCCAUCCUUGUGUGGUUUCUAUAUAUUUUUGGAGUGUCCUGAGCUGUAGUCUAGCCCUGUUGUAAUCUUUUUUUUUUUUUUUGUCUUAGAUCAGCUUCUGUGGUCCAAGGUGUGUGUGUGUGUGCGCGCUCGUGUCUGUGCAGGCAUGUUAGUUGAUGUGAGCACGGCGUGUUUGUCGAUGUGCUCCGGUGAACUCAAAUACUAGCAUGGUACUCUGAACCUAUAAGAGUAAAAGGCCGCACUUCACCAUCAGCUUAGGGUUUGUUUCUGUUUCUGCAUUACUUUUACAUUUGUACCAUUUUGUUUAUUGCUGUUCGGUAGUUCGAUCAUUUCUCUUUGAUACCUUUGUUCACUCUUCUUAACUCAUAGUGUGAAGCUUUGUGGGUCCAGCCUAAGAUGGAAACAGUGGCAACUCAGUGCUUCAAAAUCUGUUUUGCUGGAGUCAUCAUGAUACAUGAUGCAACUUACUGUUGAAUGUUUUAGCCAUUUUCACCAUGGAAGAGUUUUGUAUUUAUGCAGUUGUACAUUUUUUUUAAGUGUCAUGUAUAUAAAUUGAAUACCAAAGUCGCUGGUCAAAACGUUCAAGAAUAUUUGAGGCAAUGCAGUAUCCCAUGUAUUCAGAUGUUUAGUUGGUGUGAAAAUACUUAAUUCAAUGUUGGAGAUCAAACACUUGUCAGGAGUCCGCUCUUGUCACUUUAUUUAAUCUGCAUAAGGUUGAAACAAUAAACAGAAAACUGAGA